AUGUCCUUGUGCUUGGCCCUUGCUCAUGUGAUGUUGGGUCUCUAUGACAGUGGAGUCUUCCUCGGACGAGAUGAGUUCUCAUGUCGGGUACUUGAACACUUACACGGUGCACCAGAUAUAUGGGAGGAUCUUGCUGUUGUGACCCAGCCAGACGCGAAAGUUGGCCGACGGGGCUCCAAGCUUUCAGUAUCACCGUUGAAAACCCUAGCGGAAAAUCUCAGUCUGCCAGUGCAUUUCAUUCCGCCGGAUAAACCCUCCUUCAAGACAUGGCAGGUCUUGAUGUUUCCUAAAACUACUUUGGCAUCGCUGAAACCCUUUCAGCCUCCACCUCCGUUCCAUUUCGGGCCUGGUCAUUCGCCACCGCCGUCGCAUAUGCUCGUAACUGCCUCUUUCGGACGUAUUCUCUCCAAUUCACUGCUUGCCCUAUUCGAACAUGGCAGACGGUUGAAUGUACAUCCAUCUCUUCUCCCCGCAUAUCGUGGUGCGGCCCCAAUUCAACGUGCGCUGCUUGAUGGACAAAACGAGACCGGGGUGUGUGUUAUCGAGAUGAUGGAGCGUAAGAAAGGGAUUGAUGCUGGUGAGAUCUGGGGGCGGCGCCGCAUGGCCAUUCCCAAUGGCAUUGCGUUCCCAGAGCUGAGAGACGCAUUGGCUUGCGAGGGUGGACAAUUGCUGGUCUCUGUCCUCCGUGACAUGUUGACAGGAAAGGCGACGGCGAAGCCUCAACCAGUUGACCCUCAGGCACCCCGCGCUCCUGCCAUUCAGGCUAAGGAUGCCACUGUAGACUUCUCACAAAUGACUGCGGAGGGCAUUAAACCUAUCAUUACUUAUCUCAAGACGAAGAGAACCCUCCAGCUGCACUCGCCCUAUGUGUGUACGGAGCCACCUCCUGAUAUGGAGAACCUCCUGCCGGCCCCAGGUGAGCGCCAUCCCGAAUCUCACGUCUAUCGGUACACGACCUCAUUUGUAUCGAAGGUGAAGCAGCAAGACCGCUCCUUAUUGAAGGCCAAAGAGUGGUGGAACGGUCUUAGUUCGGAGCUACGCCUUUCCGGAGAACGAAGCCCUGUGCAAUUCCUAGCACUGGAUACAGUCUGCCCAUAG